GGGCCGGGCACUGCUUUCUCCAUCGACUCCCUGAUCGGGCCACCGCCGCCGCGCUCCGGCCACUUGCUCUACACCGGCUACCCCAUGUUCAUGCCCUACCGGCCGCUCGUGCUGCCGCAGGCGCUGGCCCCCGCGCCGCUGCCCGCCGGCCUCCCGCCCCUCGCCCCGCUAGCCUCCUUUGCCGGUCGCCUUACCAACACCUUCUGCGCGGGGCUGGGCCAGGCCGUGCCCUCGAUGGUGGCGCUGACCACCGCGCUGCCCAGCUUCGCGGAGCCGCCCGACGCCUUCUACGGACCCCCGGAACUCGCAGCUGCCGCCGCCGCCGCCGCCACUGCCUCCCGAAACAACCCUGAGCCGGGCGGCCGACGCCAGGAGGGCGGGCUGGAAGCCGAAGAGCUGCUGCCCACCCGGGAGAAAGUGUCAGAGCCCCCAGCGCCCCCGCCUCAGCACUUCUCAGAGACUUUCCCAAGUCUGCCGGCCUUGGACAUUUAG